AUGGAGAACUUCUCACUUCUCACCAUUUCUAGACCUCAAAUCUCUUCCUCUGCCCUGAGUGCUUUUCCUGAUAUCAUGUCCUCACUUGCCACCAGCUUGCCAGACUUGAGGGACAGCCAGAAUGGGGAGCAGCUGAGGCGAAACUGCACCAUCUACCGGCCCUGGUUUUCUCCUUACAGCUACUUCGUAUGUACAGAUAAAGAGAGCCACGUGGAGGCCUAUGGGUUCCCAGAGGUGGACUGGGAAGAGGGCAGAGGGGACAACUGCUUUAUUGAGGAUGUGACUGAGAGUGUCUGCUCAUCUUCCUCCUCCCAAGAGAACACAUUCCCCAGGGAGGCCAACAGGAAAUUCAUGCAUGGGUUGGAGUCUAUUACAUCCCAGGAUAUCCUAAUGGCUUCCAAGUGGCACCCGGCCCAACAGAAUGGCUACAAGUGUGCGGCCUGCUGCCGCAUGUACCCCACUUUGCACUCCCUCAAGAGCCACAUCAGGGGGGGCUUCAAGGAGGGUUUCAGCUGCAAGGUGUACUACCGCAAGCUUAAAGCUCUCUGGGGCAAGGAGCAGAAGGCCCGGCCAGGAGACAGGCUCUCCUUGGGUAGUUGCUAGGCCUUCCAGUAGUCUGCUGACACCUUCAGUAAAUAGGGAUAAAGCCUACUUGUGCCUCUGGAGAGGUAACAAUAAAUUGAUGUUAGUCAUAAACUUCUUUGGUCAAGUCUGGUCACCACCAUCAGCUCUUCUUGGUACCCAGUGGAUCUUCCUCAUCUUCAAUUAGUGAUUGCCUAGCAACACCAGACCCACCUCUGUCCCCACCCCCCUCUAGAUAAACACUAUAUAUACUUGAAGUUU